UCUCGGUAUCGUCGGUAUCUAACUUUUAUAUGUAAGUAAUGUUUGCGUCGUGAGAGGGUUUUCAGAUUCCGAUCGAAAAGAAAACUAUUCUCUCAUCAACAUCACAAUACUCGCGAUACUCAUUGAGGAUAUGGCUGCCGUAGGAGUGGAGUCGAUGCGUCCGGAGACAGCGAUGGAGGAAACCUGCAACGUCAAGAUAGCGGCGGCGAAACAAGGGGAGGGACUUAAGCAGUACUAUCUGCAGCACAUCCAUGAGCUCCAGCGCCAGCUCCGCCAGAAAACUAACAACCUCAAUCGCCUCGAAGCUCAGAGGAAUGAACUCAAUUCUCGAGUACGAAUGCUCAGAGAAGAGUUGCAGCUGCUUCAAGAACCUGGCUCCUAUGUUGGUGAAGUAGUCAAAGUGAUGGGGAAAAACAAGGUCUUGGUUAAGGUUCAUCCAGAGGGGAAGUAUGUUGUUGAUAUUGACAAAAGCAUAGACAUAAAUAAAAUCACACCAUCGACAAGAGUUGCUCUCCGUAACGAUAGCUAUGUUCUUCACCUCGUCCUGCCAAGUAAAGUUGAUCCGCUGGUCAACCUUAUGAAAGUUGAGAAGGUUCCCGACUCUACAUAUGACAUGAUUGGUGGUCUUGACCAGCAAAUUAAGGAAAUAAAAGAGGUCAUUGAGCUGCCUAUCAAGCAUCCUGAACUGUUCGAGUCUCUUGGAAUUGCGCAGCCAAAGGGUGUGUUGUUAUAUGGUCCACCUGGAACUGGGAAGACACUUUUGGCUCGAGCUGUGGCACAUCACACUGACUGUACGUUCAUCAGAGUUUCUGGUUCCGAGCUGGUCCAGAAGUACAUUGGAGAAGGUUCUAGAAUGGUCAGAGAACUCUUUGUGAUGGCAAGGGAGCAUGCACCAUCAAUCAUCUUCAUGGAUGAGAUCGAUAGUAUUGGGUCUGCUCGUAUGGAAUCUGGAAGUGGAAACGGUGACAGUGAGGUGCAACGGACUAUGCUUGAGCUUCUCAAUCAACUUGAUGGAUUCGAAGCGUCAAACAAAAUAAAGGUUCUGAUGGCGACAAAUCGAAUUGAUAUUCUGGAUCAAGCUCUUCUCAGGCCAGGAAGGAUUGAUAGGAAAAUCGAAUUCCCUAAUCCUAAUGAAGAUUCACGAUGUGAUAUCUUGAAGAUUCACUCAAGGAAAAUGAAUCUGAUGCGUGGGAUUGAUCUGAAAAAGAUUGCAGAGAAGAUGAAUGGUGCUUCAGGUGCUGAACUGAAGGCUGUGUGCACGGAGGCGGGCAUGUUUGCUCUGAGGGAGAGGAGAGUACACGUGACACAGGAAGACUUUGAGAUGGCGGUGGCGAAGGUUAUGAAGAAAGACACAGAGAAGAACAUGUCUUUGCGUAAGCUCUGGAAGUAGGAAUCUAUUUCGUUUGUACUCAAAAAGGGAGAGCCACAGAUUCAUUUCAGACCUGAGAAAUAAGUGUUUCUUUUCAUCACGUCUGGUUCUCUAUGUUUCUUCUUUAAGCCUUUGAAAACAAAGUGUGUGUUUACUGCCUAAAACACUAGUUUAAUGUUCUUAAGCAUAACAGUCUCCGUAUUCCAUCCUUGUCACAACUUAGAGAUUAUUAUUAUUCAAGAAA